GUCCAAACUCUCUCCCUGUGGCUCUUUUAUUGAACAUUUAUCCAUUACAGAUCAUUUACGAAACGUAAUGUAAUAACCCAAAUAGCUAAUACAGGAACAACUUACUGCCACCGAGGCAAGACCCUUAGAGUCAAAUGCUAAAACAACACGUGAUUAGGCAGUCCAGGCAUAAAACGACAGAGCAGUCCCACGUUCCUUUUCCUCCCGACGGGGCAACAAAAAAUCACUGUUGCAUACACGUGGAGUAGACGCUCCUAAACAAGGGGCGCGUAACAGACACUCGGUGACCAAAAAAUGAACAAGCGACAGAGGAGUUGUGGGAGGGAAAAUGUAAAGGUGUGGGUACUUCAUAAAAAAAGAAAAAGAAAAAGAAAAAUGCACAUCUUUCACGACUCCAUAAAUCUAUUUAGCUUUCCAAGUCGGUCGGCCCGCCAUCCCACUCACAGCUCUAUAUAUGGGUGGGUGGAUAUUUUGGAAAGUGUAUCAAGGCCCAAUAGCUUUUCUCCUCUCUCCAUUCUAUGCAAAAGCUGACUGAAAGAGGGCUUUCAGUGGUUUAGUUUUAGACAUGGCGUCCCCUUCUCUAACUUUCCCUUCCCUGCAACUACAAUUCCCAACACACACAAAAUCAUCUAAGCCAUCCAAUCAUAAGCUCAUUGUUCGCCCGAUAUUUGCCUCUGUUUCUGAGAAACCAUCGGUACCGGUUUCUCAGUCUCAGGUGACGCCCCCCGGUCCAAUCAGGAAAAUUCCCGGAGAUUAUGGUCUCCCUUUCAUCGGUCCCAUAAAAGAUCGUCUUGAUUAUUUCUAUAAUCAAGGCAGAGAAGAGUUCUUCAGGUCCAGAGCCCAGAAACACCAGUCAACCGUGUUCCGGUCCAACAUGCCACCCGGCCCUUUCAUCUCCUCCAACUCCAAAGUCAUCGUUUUACUGGAUGGGAAGAGUUUUCCUGUACUCUUUGACGUUUCCAAAGUUGAAAAAAAGGACGUUUUCACCGGAACUUUCAUGCCCUCCACCGAAUUCACCGGCGGAUUCAGAGUUCUUUCCUAUCUCGAUCCAUCCGAGCCCGAUCACACCAAACUCAAGCGCCUCCUCUUCUUCCUCCUCCAGUCCAGCCGCGACAGGGUCAUCCCAGAGUUCCAUUCCUGCUUCUCCGAGCUCUCCGAGACCCUUGAAAGCGAACUCGCAGCAAAAGGCAAAGCCAGUUUCGCCGACCCUAACGAUCAGGCAUCCUUCAACUUUCUUGCUCGCGCUCUCUACGGCACCAAGCCGGCUGAUACCAAACUGGGUACUGACGGGCCUGGCUUAAUCACGACAUGGGUUGUCUUCCAGUUGAGUCCCAUCCUCACUCUAGGCCUACCCAAGUUUAUAGAAGAACCCCUUAUCCACACUUUUCCACUCCCGGCAUUUCUGGCUAAAUCAAGUUACCAGAAGCUCUAUGACUUCUUCUACGACGCGUCAACUCAUGUUCUGGACGAAGGUGAGAAGAUGGGGAUAUCAAGAGAGGAAGCUUGCCACAACCUCCUUUUCGCCACGUGCUUUAAUUCCUUCGGAGGGAUGAAAAUCAUCUUUCCAACAAUUCUCAAAUGGGUCGGUCGAGGAGGAGUGAAACUGCACACCCAAUUAGCCCAGGAGAUUAGAUCUGUCGUCAAAUCCAACGGCGGAAAAGUGACCAUGGCGUCCAUGGAGCAGAUGCCGCUGAUGAAGUCUACUGUAUACGAAGCCUUCCGGAUCGAACCCCCUGUCGCAUUGCAGUACGGCAAGGCGAAGCAGGAUCUGGUGAUCGAAAGCCACGACUCUGUUUUUGAAGUCAAAGAAGGUGAAAUGUUGUUCGGGUACCAACCGUUCGCCACCAAAGACCCGAAAAUCUUCGAACGAUCCGAAGAGUUCGUGCCGGAUCGGUUCGUGGGUGAGGGUGAGAAGCUGCUGAAGCACGUGCUCUGGUCAAACGGACCUGAAACCGAGAAUCCAACCUUGGGGAAUAAGCAGUGCGCAGGUAAAGACUUCGUGGUGCUGGCCGCCAGGCUAUUUGUGGUGGAGCUGUUCCUGCGUUACGAUUCCUUUGACAUCGAGGUUGGCACGUCGCUGUUGGGUUCAGCCAUCAAUCUAACCUCCCUAAAGCGAGCCAGUUUUUGAGCAGAGCUCCGAUGCCGUUGCUAUGUCUCACCGGCGCCACCGCCUUCGUGGAUAUGGGGGCUGAUGUGAGGGGUGAUUAGGCAUGAGAUGGGUCCGAAUGGGUCCGAGAUGUAUAAUACUACCACCGAUGUAGUUGGGAUGGUCCCACUGCUGACGUGAGAUGCACUUUCUACAUAAUGGAAAUCCGAUGUAUUCUUGUUUUUUA